CCCUGGCUUGUUUUCGAUGAACUCGGAUGAGAGUGAAAAGGAUCGCGUUCUCCGCCAACAAAUUGAGGAGGUCCUGAGCUACAUGGCUUUUGCUUUUAAUCCGAAUACAUCCGCCAGUGGAACUAUGGGCUUUAAACUAGUAUCGGAAGAGGGAACGGAUAUGUCGUUUGUUUUGCAUAUAGAAAAAGGAGAAAAUGGUAAAAUAGCUUAUGGAACGUUUGGUAAACCCGAUGACGCCGAUUUAUUGCUAACUGUGUCUCCUGAGGAUUUUCUGAAUGUAUAUUCGGGGAACGCAAGUGUUUCAAUGAUAACUCGCAUGAUAUUUCGUGGUCGAAUAUCUGUACGAAACUACGACCUGAACGGAGUUUCUCAUUUCUUGAACUCGUUUGAGUUCAGUUCUCAAAAAUGGAUCGAUUUUUACAAAUGGCAAGACGAACAAAAACGAAAGCAAACACAGGAGUCCGAAGACUCCAAAUCCUUCACGAGGUUCUGUAAAGGCCUCAAAGCUCUGUGUUAUAUCAAUGCGAAGUGUGGAAAUCCGCUGUGUUUUCCGUGGUCCUUCAUCGAAGAUCCUUUUUUCUAUCGAUUCAUUCAAUCCUGCAAUUCCCCCGCUGUUUCAUCGUCCUCUUCUUCUUCCUCUCUUUGCAUCCCGUUCUCCGAUUCAAUCAUUUCGCUCUUCUCUUCCCUGGACUUCGCGUCCCUCGAAGCUUUUCUUUUCCCUUUCCCUCGCAAUAAACUCGAUUUUGCUUCUCAAUUCAACCCUCAAUCCACUUCUUCUCCUGAUUCUUCUUCUUCUUCUUCCACAAACACAGCUACAGAUUCGAGUUCAAGCUCCGCUUUUAGUCCGUCCGUUCACUUUUUCCCUUUUCCUCACUAUUCUGGAUUCCAAGACCGCGCCGCCAGUUUCUUCGAUCUAUCCGAUGGGCAUCCUUCCAUGUAUCAAUGGGACGAUUUCGCCUUCACGCUGCAGAACCAGUCCUACACAAGCCUUCUCUACAAACUCUUAGUGCGUUUUUUUUUAAGUUUGGUUCAUUCGUAG